GAGCUGUUCGGCAUGCUGCGGUCCCAGGUCGAGCAGUACGCCUGCAGCGGCGGCGUGUGGACGCAGACGAGCGACGUCGAGGGCGAGGUCAACGGGCUUCUGACCUACGACAGACGCUUGCUGAGGCCGGAGGUUGCGCAGUGGAAGGAGGACACGCGGAGCGUGUAUGAGGCGGCGGCGGCCCGGGGGGGUUGGGGGGGCGGAGAUGGUCUACGUGGUGGUGUGAGACAUCAGCAGCCUCUUGGAUGAACUGCACAGGGACUCUGGGAUACUCUGCGGUAUUCCAGGACAGGACGGAGGAGUGGCCAAAAAUGAAAAUACAAUUGAACUGCAUCGUUCCUUGGUGCUGUCAACGCCACGAGGGCUUGGCCUCUUUGAUUCGUCGUAUCCGUCCAUCUUGUCUGGUCCAUGUCAUGUCACUUGCAGCUACCUCUGUGAUUAGAUCGAUCAAUGGGCUUCGGGUUCCAAGGAAGAGGGAGGGAUUCCUCGAAGGAUUCCUCGGCGGGCCCGAAGAAGAGAAUGCGCCGCUUUCGCCAAGAAAAGAAAAUAAAAGCAAAGAAAAGAAAAGAAAAGAAAUUACUCUUCGUAGCAUCAAAGUCAAGUCUUGGUUCAUCCAUGCCUGCUGUCAGAUCCCGCUGUCAUCCAAUUGCCAUCCCAUCCCUCCUGUCUUCUCAUAUCCAACAUCACCAUCCCCUCCUCGCCCUUCGCCCAUCUCCAGUCCCGCCUCCGUCGUUCGUCCGUGCCUCUCCCCCGACUUUACCUCUUCAAUGAACAGGGCCAUUGGCCAAGAAGAACAACCCUAUGGCUGUCUACCCCUACCAGACCCUACACCACAGCUUCCCUUGUCCCGCCCCUCGGCGGAUCACCAACUGGGAUGACAUACCACCAACACCAACCGACUACCCUUUAAUCUCAAAACGUUAUCUUGCGUACGUUGUACUUUAUACCAUCGCCGUCUGUGUCGUUGGCUUCCCCUUGUCUUCUAGACCUUCUAGUGCCUUUUGGCUCAUCUGUACGUGUAGUGUAGACCAGUUAGUCCCUCAGCCCUCCAACCGGGGGGGCCCCUUGACCGUAACGUCGGGCUGCCCUGUCCUAGUAUUCGUCAAC